AUGUUUACACAAUUCUAUAAUUUUGCCACUUCUUUUACUUGUGUUUAAGACUAUUAUCAAGAAAAAAUACAAAAGCCUUGCCAUCAUAGUGCAGUUUUAACACCCUAGUUCAUUAAAUAAGGUGAUAACAACAAACUUUACUAUUCACACAACCUAAUUGACUUUUAAAAGCUAAAAUUAUUUUUACUCCCAAUUGACCCUAAUACUACAAUAGUAUCUGUUUUGUUGUGA